AUGGAUAUUAUUCUCGGUAUUAGGGUACAAGACUCUGUGAUUUUAGCAUCUUCGAAGGCAGUAACUAAAGGUAUAAGUGUUAUAAAAGCAACAGAUGAUAAAGCACUUCAAUUAUCUCCACACUGCUUGCUAUCAUUUAGUGGCGAGUCUGGUGACUCAGUGCAAUUUGCUGAAUAUAUUCAGGCAAACAUGCAGCUAUAUAUCAUAAGAGAAAACUAUGAAUUAUCACCGCAGGCGCAAGCAAGUUUUGUCAGAAAUGAACUGGCUAAGUCAUUAAGGUCUAGAAAACCAUUCCAAGUGAAUGUAUUGGUUGGUGGUUAUGAUUUAAGAAAAGAGAAGCCUGAACUGUAUCAAAUUGACUAUUUAGGAGUGAAAGUUGAAUUGCCAUAUGCUGCACAUGGUUACGCUGGAUUUUAUACCUUUUCGCUUUUGGAUCACCACUAUAGGCCAGACAUGACUACUGAAGAAGGUCUGGAUUUGUUGAAGCUUUGUGUCGAAGAAUUGGAACGCAGAAUGCCAAUCGAUUUCAAAGGUGUAAUGGUUAAGGUUGUUGAUAAGAAUGGAGUUAGAGUAAUUGACGACUUUCCAUCAGGAGCUUAA